GUUUCAUCUCGAUCAAUACAUUCGGGAGACUUCCUGCCUGCUAUUUAUCCCAAUAAAUUACGUUUAUUAGGAAAAAGGGGCGUUAGAAACACUUUACAACCUCGGCAACACGUACUACCAAAAUGGGAGAUCCGUGGGUGAUACAGCCGCAUGAGCACGCUAAGUUUGCAGAGCACUUCCGGAACCUCGGCCCGGCUAAUGGGAACCUGAGCGGGGAGCAGGCCAAGCGGUUCAUGUUGCAGUCCCAACUGCCGCCACCAGUUCUUGGACAGAUAUGGUCGUUGGCUGACUGCAACGCCGACGGGAAACUGGACCUCAAAGAAUUCUCUAUCGCUUGCAAGAUAAUCAAUUUGAAACUGCAUGGUAUUGAAGUACCUAAGGUCCUGCCGCCAUCUUUGCUGGGAUCACUCAGUCCUACGGGACCCCCAAAACAAGCCUUCCCAGCUCCAGCGAAGCCCCCAAUACCCCCCAUGCCUUCCGUCCCCCAACAACCCCUAAUCGGGGGUAUACCACCACAAGGGGGUAUGCCACCACAAGUAGGGGCACAGCAACCAACGCAGUCGCUACUGGGUGACUUCGGACAACCAUCACGCCCGGCCGGACCUAUUGUACCUGACCUCAUAUCCGGUGUCAAACCUAUGGCGCAACCUAUGGCACCAGUCAUGCCUACGCAACCAGUUAUGCCAACACAACCGAUCAUGCCAGCCGCGCCUCUGAUCCCAAGUCAGCCCAUGGCCGCUCCAAUGAUACCAACGCAACCAAAUCAACCAUUGGCGCAACCUAUAAUACCAAACCCACCUAUGGGUCAACCGAUAAUACCAAACCCACCUAUGGGUCAACCGAUAAUACCAAACCCACCUAUGGGUCAGCCGAUAAUACCAAACCCACCUAUGGGUCAGCCGAUAAUACCAAAUCCACCUAUGGGUCAACCGAUAAUACCAAACCAAGGAAUGGCCCAGCCGUUGAUAUCGUCCCCGCCCCAGGCUCUGAUAUCUGGGACGACCAUGGGCUCGUUGGUUAGCAGCCCGCCGAAGCCUGUGAACACGGUCGCGGGUUCAAUCCAGCCUGUUACCAGCACGCCCAUUGCGGCUGUUAAGGCUGAAGAGACUUCUAAGCCAGCGUCAUUGGCAGGCUCAGCGCACGUCUCGGCCGUCACGAGUCCCGUGGAGCCUCUUGGCGUCAUGAGCCCCCCAGCCGUCGCGGAGUGGGGCAUCCCACAGCCACAGAAACUCAAGUACACCCAACUCUUCAACGCCACGGAUCUGCAGAAAUCCGGCUGGGUGUCCGGAGCUCGUGCGCGCUCCAUUAUGCUUCAGUCUCGUCUGCCUCAAGCUGCUCUGGCCCAGAUAUGGGCGUUGGCCGAUUUGGACUCAGACGGACGACUCGGUUGUGAAGAGUUCGUGCUGGCCAUGUAUCUGUGUGAAAAAGCUACGCAGGGUGAGCCGGUGCCCGCCAAGCUGCCGCCAGAACUGAUCCCACCUACCUUCAGACGUCAAUCCGUGACCAGUAUCACCAGUAAUCAGUCUUACGAAGAACGUCGCAGGGAGAACAUGGCGCGAGGACAGGCGGAGUUAGAACGAAGGCGCGAACAGUUAGAAAAAGAAAAGGCUGAGCGAGAGCGUAAGGAAAGGGAGGAGGCAGAGAAAAAAGAAAAGAUAAGAUUGGAGGCGCAGAAGAAGGAACAAGAAGAACUGAUGAGAAAGCAGAAGGAAGAACAGGAAAAACGUGAGGCCGCAAGGAAAGAGAUGGAGAGGCAAUGCCAGCUAGAAUGGGAGAAGAAAAGAACUCGAGAACUGGAAGCCCUCCGCACUGAAGAGCAAACCAAAGUCCUGAGCCUCAAGGCCAAGAGCCAGGCUCUAUCCGCAGAGCUGAGCACUGUCACCACCAAAGCUGGCAACUUGGCGAAGGAUAUACGCAGCAGUCGGACUGCUGUCGCCGCCGCUAAAUGCACUAUCGAUGGCAUGAGGUCGGACCGCGACUCGAGCAUGGCCGAAAUGCAGCAGCUUAAAGCGCGAGUGAAAGAACUGAACGCGAAGCAGAUUGCCCUUAACAAAGAGAAGGCUGAACUCGAUGCCAAGGCAAAGGCGUCAGAGGGCGCUGGGGAAGACGGCAAGCUCAGCAUGAUGGAGGUCACCUUGAAACAACUACGAGAUAAGGUCGAAGCGGCAAAAGCGAUAGUGGAAAGCAAGAAAACCGAUCUUGACACCAACCAGACACAGCUGUCAGAGUUGACAGCGAGAGUGACAGAGCUCGGUGACAAGUGUCAGAAGGUCUGGCAGCUGUAUGAGGAGAAACGGCAGGAGUACCUGGAACGGAAGACCACAGCGCCCGCCGAGAGCGCCUGGGGUGCUGCCGAAGCAGACUGGGGCACGUCAGAUGACGCGUGGGGCGAGCCGGCCGCGGAGUCCGUGUGGGGCGACGCCCCGGCCGCUACCGCGACAGAGACGGUGUCAUCUACUAUCACAUCAUCAUCAUCAUCGGCGCCUCGUUGGCGCUGCGUGUACGAGUUCACGGCGCGUACGGUGGACGAGUUGAGUCUACAGUGCGGUGAUCUGGUGAGCGAAGCCGUGGCACCGAGGGGCGAUGCGGAGCCCGGAUGGCGAUGGGGCACCGCUCGAGGUCAAUCCGGCUGGUUCCCGGAAUCCUACGUGGAGGAUAUCAACGCGGCCUCAGCGUACGCCACCGAGGUCAUUGAACCGCUGGAAACUAAGACUCAGCUCGAAGGCAUCGCUGAAGUCCCUGAAGCUGAAAUAGCGAACGAUCUUGGUGGGGCCAUGCCAGUUGUCGAGGGUGGUGAUUUCUACAUAGCAGCGUACCCAUACAACUCGGCUGAACCCGGUGACCUCGUGUUCGAGGCAGGAGAGAGGAUCGAGGUCAUGCGGCGAGACGGCGACUGGUGGACCGGACGUAUUGGCAACAGAACCGGUAUCUUCCCAUCCAACUACGUGACAAAAGACGCCACGACGACCUCGGAACCGAUCGCGCCCAUACCGGAAGCGGUGGAACCGGAACCGGAGCCGGAACCCGCGCCGCAGCCCGCGGCGGUCACACCGGUGCUGCCCACCGAACCGGUACAGGAGCAAAAAUCCUCCACACCAAUCUCCUCAGAAGUGGCCGCUAUUACCGACAACGCGUCCGUACCGCGACCAGCGUCGGCCGCCCGGCGAGACUCUGGUCGCGAUUCUGCGACUGGGCGCAGGAAGGCCGAGGUGGCACAGGCUAUCGCUGCUUACACCGCUACCAGCGCCGAACAAUUGUCCCUGACCAAAGGCCAACUCUUGGUGGUUCGUAAGAAAGCUGACACCGGCUGGUGGGAGGGCGAACUGCAAGCUAAAGGCCGCAAUAGACAAGUCGGCUGGUUCCCUGCUAGCUACGUCAAGGUGUUACAAUCUUCGGGCCGCACCUCGGGAAGAACGACCCCCGUGCUGUCAUCUAAAAUGGAUGCCAUGCCAGCCGAGACAGUCAUCGAUAAGGUGAUCGCCCUGUACCCGUACACGGCUCAGAACGCGGACGAGCUAAGUUUUGAGAAAGAUGACAUCAUUGCAGUCACCGACCGCAGCCAAGACCCGGCUUGGUGGCAAGGGGAACUUCGCGGCAUGACAGGAUUGUUCCCGAGCAACUACGUCACUAAGCUAGUGAACUAAAAUAAAUAAAUGUCACCAAAUUACUUAUAAUAUGUCACCAUACUCAUAAACUAACUCGUAGUAGACUUAGAUUAACCGUUCCCUCGAACUUGUUUAUGUAGAAACAGUAAUUAUUGUCGAUAGAGUUAGACCAAGAAAAGUUUGCAGCGAUUUUAAUAGCCCACGCAGUGCAAGUGUUAUUUACACGUCAUACUUUCAUAGAAGUUUAACGUUUAAAAUGACACUUGUACUGCGUGGGCUAUCAAAAUCGUUGCAGACUUUUCUCGGUCUGAAUAUAAUAGUUAUUUGUUUUACAAGGGGGCAAAGUUGUUGUUUAACCGCUCAUGCUAAUAUUGAUACCCGAGCAUGCGAAAGAUUCCAUAAUUGAACCACGAGCGUAGCGAGUGGUUCGAGAAAUGGAAUCUUGAGCGUCGCGAGGGUUUCAAGGCACGAGGGUUAAACAAAAUUUGCCCCCUAGUGAAACACAAAAUUUUUCACCACACCAACCCGAAGCAAAUAUUAAAUGUAAAAUAUCAAACACAAUCAAACCAAAUCAAAUCCAAAUGAAUGUUAUUAAAUAUUUAUCAUCCCAAAUCAUCAUUUAAAAGUCAAUUCAACCAGGAAACAUAAUAUAAGAUAACAACUCAAAAUUUGCAUUUGAUUACUUUGCCUCACAUGUGAAUAAAAUGCAACUUUGCUAUCAGUUUUUGAAGCGCAAAGUAAGCCUUUCCGAGCUGGUGUGGUGAAAAGAUCUUUAUAAUACACAGAGAAGAAUCUAAAUUAGAGUUCGGUUUCGGAAUCAUCUCACAAUUUAAAGUAUUUAGAGUUACCCUAUAUUUUUUCUCUAUUUCAUAGCAAAGUCAAUCUUAUCGUAUAAAAGGUUAUUUAUAGAAGACCACUUCAUAAUAUGCCUAUAGAAGUCAUCACUAUAAUGUUUAUAGAGAUGUAGUGCAUAAUUAUUUUCCAUCGUAUUUUCUCGGAAACGUACGAACGUGUCUUGCUAUUUCAGUCGGUCUCGGUACAAAAAGUACUGAGGUUGACUGAAGUAGCAUGACAAAUACGAACGUUUCCGAGGAAAUACGAUGGAAAAUAAGUAUGUACUACAUCUGUAGUAGGUAUUGUAAAUGUUGAAAAGUAGAGACAUAAUACUCUAACCUAUGUAUGUUCCAUAAUAUUCAACAAUUACUUAACAUAUUACUUGUUAUGGAGUUAAAAUAUUCAUUCCACGUGCUCACUUUAUAUGUUUUUGAAGUGAAAAGUUCUUUAGCGGCGCUGUGCACUUUUAGAGUUGGGGAAAAAAUGUUAAACUCGAGACAGCGUAAGGCGUAAGGCGUGACGUCAUGUGUGGCGGACAGUGUCAUUGUUUUUUGAUUUAAAUGCCAUCUAGUGAGUUUCCCUCAAACUGGUAUUAAUAUAACUGUAGUAAGUCAAGUAAGUCAUACAUAGUGCUGCAGACAUUUUGCACCAGAUGGCGCUGUUAUUAAUAUUUUGAGUUACAAUGUCGUUGAGUUUUCACUUCUGCCGGCACUCCCGGAGUGCACCCCGUUGUUUUUUAUCUAUUAUGUACAGAGUUGAGGUAAAUAGCAGUAGGUAAAUAGAGGUGCAAUAGCACGGGUUAUAUACACUAUACCUCGUUUAUACUACAUGUAACAAGUUAAAUAAUGUUAAUUGAUUAUCGUCGGGUGACAAGCAAAAGUCACUAACUAACACCAUUGAAAUUAUUGGACAAUAAACCGUGUUACAAGUAUAAUAAAGUGCAUUGUUACUUUAUUUUUUUGAUAGUACUUAGUGACUUUUGCUUGUCACCCGACCAUAUUGCUUUUCUCCUACAUAUGACCUAUGUCAAAAAUACUAGUAGGUAAAGUAGGAUCUCUAAGACAAAACUAUGAUUUCAUAACACUGAUUUUCUCGUGCGUGCGACACACACACAUUCACAACUCGAGACUGAGCGGUGAUUGGCUCAAACCUGAUAACGGCGUGUGUGUGCGUGCGAAAUCGGCUUGCCAUGAAGUCAAAGGUCCUACCGCGAACCGCGUUCGACGUGUUGUCUCCCUUUCACGCGUACGUACGAAUUUACAAGAGCGACAGAGAGGCAACGUCGAACAUGGUUCGCGGUAGGCCCCCAGUUUUGUCGAAAGGGGAUUUCCAUGUAAACGUAGACCCAUUUUCCUCUCUGGACAUUAAUAUUAUUUAAAAUAUUUUACCACAAUUUGAUGUAUAACAACCUCAGCUAUGCCCCUUCGUUUGUUUUUAGGGUUCCGUACCUCAAAAGGAAAAAACGGAACCCUUAUAGGAUCACUCGUGCGUCUGUCUGUCUGUCCGUCUGUCACAGCCUGUUUUCUCGGAAACUACUGGACCAAUUAAGUUGAUAUUUGGUACACAUAUGUAAAUUGGUGACCCAAAGAUAGACAUAUGCCAUAGCCAUGUUUUUUUAUCAUUUUAAAAUACAUAGGUUCGAAGUUAUUUAAGAAAAUAGCCAAAAAAUUACCAUUCCCCCCCUUUAUCUCCAAAACUACUGGGUCUAAAAUUUUGAAAAAAAUACACACAAUAGUACUUCACCUAUAGAUGACAGGAAAACCUAUUAGAAGUGUGCAGUCAAGCGUGAGUCGGACUUAUGUACGGAACCCUUUGACAGCGAGUCCGACUCGCACUUGACCGGUUUUUUUAUGUUUUAACUAUCAUAAGAGUUAGGAGCGUUUGAAAAUUUGUAUGGACUUUGUUUUUCGCUCCUUUAUAAUAAUAAAAAAAUCGUAAACGUCAAAAUAAGGGGCAUACCUAUUUUGAAACCUUUGGACGCCAAUGACCGAUAUAUCCGCACCGCAGGUUCAACGCCAAAGACUGAUUUAUCGGUCACAGACCACAGAGCAACUUAGACCUACGUGCAUAUGCAUAAAGUUCAAUUCCAGUUUCGACACUUCGGUGACGUGGCGUCCGCGUGACAGCUUUUGUGUUUGACACGGCGUCGACAAGGUUAAUAUAAAAUCAAAUUAAAAUAUUUUCCCUAAUGUCAAUAGAGGAGAAUGGGAACUACACAAGCAGUCGUCCCCUAUCCCCUUAAGCGUCCCUACCCCUAUCUGACGACUGCAAAAAAUACUGUACAAGUCAGAAUAUAACAUAAAUAAUUUGCACUUCUGUCAGGCGUGGCUCACUCCGCGAUUUCGUCGCUUUGCUACAGGUAGCUAAAAGUACAUCCGUUCCACCCCAAUUUUGGGGAAAGCUAUAAGCCGCUCGUGGCGCUGUCGCCACCUAGCGGCCAUAAUAUCUGUGCUGAUCGUAACAGACGCGUUUUGUUAGAGAGUGAGUCGUCUGUACCUAGUACUAUUAUUUAUUCUGUACUUCUGUAUCAGUACAAAAUAUCGCCAAUGGGGUUGGCCGAUCGAAGUAUUUAGCAGAUGGCGCCAGCAUCGCUUGCCAAGUCAAUCCCUAGAAUUGUGUCAAAUUCUUGUUUUUUUUAUAGAAUUUUAUGGAUGGAUGCCAGCCCUUUCAGCCAAAUCUCAUAGAAAAAAAUGGUUGUCUGUAAAGUCGGUUUACGGACGAAAAUUUUGCCUGAUAACGUCUUAAGAAAACGUGGCCGUAACGUUACCAUGGAGAUCUGUCCACAACGUUACCAUGGAGAUUUGUCCACAACGUGACACUUUUUCGUGCAUGCUACCGGUGUUCAUCGAUUUAUAAGACGUUCGUCAAAAGGGGCAAGCUAUGAUGGCGCCAUCUAUGCAAACCUUUGACAGUUACCAAACCCCAUUUUGUAAGGAUUAGUUGCCAUUUUUCGAAUUUACUUUUAUUGUAUGCUAUUAAUAUUUAACGUAUCAAGUAGUUUGUUCGUAGAUAAUACACGUUAUUGCUUUAUAAAA